AUGUUUGGAUCAUCAUUUGCCUUAUUAGGCUUAUUUUUAUGUGUUAUGUUAAAUGGACAAUCAAUCAAUUCGAAUAUAAUUCCCGACAAAUUAAAUGUGAAACAAUCGAUUAUUCUUUCAAAUUCGACUAACAACUCAACCGAUAAUAAACCAAAAGAAGGACGAUGGGAUGAUUAUACCACAACAGAAAGACCAUGGACCUAUUCUACAACCAGACGAUGGAAUUAUACCACAACAGAAAGACCAUGGACAACUACACCUUAUGUAACGAAUUCAACAUUGACACCGGUUACGGUAACGAAUUCAACAUUAACACCGGUUACGGUAACGAAUUCAACAUUGACACCGGUUACGGUAACGAAUUCAACAUUNACACCGGUUACGGUAACGAAUUCAACAUUGACACCGGUUACGGUAACGAAUUCAACAUUGACACCAGUUACAGUAACGAAUUCAACAUUGACACCGGUUACGGUAACGAAUUCAACAUUGACACCGGUUACGGUAACGAAUUCAACAUUNGCAUCAUCGACAACUCCCAGUAGCACAACAGCAUCAUCGACAACUCCCAGUAGCACAACAGCAUCAUCGACAACUCCCAGUAGCACAACAGCAUCAUCGACAACUCCCAGUAGCACAACAGCAUCAUCGACAACUUCCAGUCCCACAACAGCAAAUUCAACAUCAACAUCGACGACAACAGCUAAACCUAAUGGAUCGAAAUCCAAUCAAAUAUCAGCAUUAACAACAGCAUUUUCAUUGAUAUUCAUAACAUUUACUUUGAUCUAUCAAUCAAAUUCUAAUAUUUUUUUGUAAAACAUUUUUUCUUUUAAAACCUAUUCAAAUCACUUUACAAUACAAUAAAAACGUUGUACUAUUUCAAACAAUUAA